CUAUAUUCUAGCAAGCAGGACUGCCAGAUGUGAAGGGGAAAUCCCCAAUAAAUUGUUGCAUGUGACUGAUGAUGUGAGCAUGUUCGUUUCAUAAUAAAAAUGUUGCCAGGUAACCAAAAAGUCGUAUGUUUUUGUGCGAAUUACGAUCAUAAUCUUUACGAUCGUACAUUAAAAAAUAGACAAAUAAUAGUAUGAGUACGAUUUAAAUCGUAUAUCUGUCAACCCUGCUAGCAAGACAGCGACAAAAUCACGUUGCAUAACAAUGUAGCCCAAGCUUAUAUCUUAUGAAAUAUACGGAAGAGAUACGGACUUAGAAAAAACAGAAAUGUUGUUCUUUGUGGAAGUCAUUGAUGAAAUUCUAUGUAUUUUAGCCCGCAAACUUUCUUCAAACAAAAACAGCGCCAUCUAGUAUCGAGUUCUGUAAUUAUCUCUUUGUUUAUGGAUUUGAAGUAAGACCGCCACGCAUGCAAUACAUUAUGACUGGGGAUUCCCCUAUUCGUCGACGCUGAAUAUGAGGCGACGACAAUCACUGUCAAACGUGUUCACUAUUACUCUGACUCUGGUAACGUGACUUCCUGGUAACGUGUUAGGUAGGAAAAGCAGUAAAAAAGUGCAUAUUAAGGGAGCAGAUUUGAAAUAAUAUUUAUACUUAACAAGAAAUAAUUAAAGGUUCAAUGGGGAGACCUAAAGAUUUACGCAUAUGGGAGCACUACCGUACUUUACCAAACAAGUCUGUUUCUUGCAAGCUUUGUAAUAAGGUCUACAAAUUCAGUAAUGCUGCCAAAAUGCUUCAACAUCUUAUCACUUGUCCAAAAUCUCCAGAAACAUUAAAAGACUCUAUGAAACUUAUAAAAGAUAGCUCGUCCAAAACCAAAAUGUCUGGACUGUCAGAGAUAGAGACAAAUGAUUCUUUUAUAAGCCCCUCGUCGUCUGCUAACACUACAAUAAAUGCUGAGUUUCAAGACACCGAUGAUCAUAUAAAAACAGAAUUAGCGAGAGCUAUAUUUGUAACAGGGACGCCAUUAUCGAUGGUGCAACAUCCUUUAUGGAUACAAUUUUUCGAAAAAUUGCAACCAAAAUUUAAAAUACCUUCACGUAAAGCUUUAGCGACAAAAUACUUAGAUAAAAUAUAUAGAGAAAUGCGUUUUGAGUUAAAUGAGGAACUAAAUGCUUGUAGUUACUUACACCUUCAGUGCGAUGGCUGGUCUAAUUUAAGAAAUGAAGGAAUAAUAAACUUUCUUAUAUCAAAACCUCAACCUGCAUACGUUAAAAGUUUGAAUACAGAAAGUAAUCCUCACACUAGUGAAUACCUUAGCCAAGAAGUUGAAAAAGUAAUGAAAGUGUAUGGAGCAAAUAAGUUUCUUGUACUUAUUGGCGAUAACGCUAGAAAUAUACAAAAGGCAUUCGAAUUAACAAAACUCAAAUAUCCACAUGUUGUUCCUCUCGGUUGCUGUGCACAUAUCCUUAACUUGUUGUGCCAAGAUAUUGUAAAGAUACAAGAAGUAACUGUGUUUAUUAUGCAAGCCAUAAAUAUAAUAAAAACUGUUAAAAGGAGUCAACGAUUAAGUUCCUUGUUGAUAAAAUCAAGGCAGGGUGAAGAUUCUACACAAACACUAAAAUUGCCUUGUGCUACAAGAUGGGGAAGUCAUGUUACUUCGUUAAAAAGUUUGAAAGCAAAUAAGAUAGCUUUGCAAAUAUUAACAGUUAGAGAAGAUGUGGUAAUUUCAAGAGAUAUUAAAGAUUUAAUUCUAAGUGAUGAUUUCUGGACGAAGACAGGGGAAUGUAUAAGUAUUUUGGAACCAGUCACUGAAAGCAUAUUUUACUUAGAGAGCGACCAGAAUCGUUUGCAUCGCACAUACAUUACAUUUAGAGAUGUACAAGCUAAGAUACGUUUUGCAUUAAAUGAGAUUUCGACAUUGAGCGAAGAAAGCAAACAGCAGAUUCUAACAUCAGUAUCUUCAAGAUGCAAUAUGGCAAUGAGGCCAAUACAUUUUGCAGCAUAUAUUCUAGACCCCAGGACUCUAGGAGUCGAACUUACUCAAGAGGAAGAACUUAAGGGUAUGGAGUUUAUCUACAAUUUAAGCCAACACUUAAGUUUGUCAAAUGUAAUGGCAGAUUUGGCGUGUUAUAAAGCUAAAGAAAACUUUUGGGCCAGAGGAUUUGUAUGGAGCUCAUUAGAUAGCAUUGAGCUCCUAAUAUGGUGGAAAGGUAUUUGUGGUUCCACUGAGUUAAGCAAAGUAGCGAUUCGUAUUCUAUCAGCUCCCUGUACUUCGGCAGCCACUGAGCGUUCCUUUAGUAUCCAAGGCUACAUACAUAAUAACAAAAGAAAUCGACUUACAACUGAAAGAACUGAAAAAAUUUCAUUCAUUUGUUAUAACUGGAAUCUUAAACAUAAAGCUGAAUGCGAGGACAUUCAGUUUAAUGAAGAAAAUACCUUAGAAGCUUUCAUUGAGCAAGUAAAUGAACAUAACAGUUUAGACGAAAUAGAGCCUAUCGAACCUAUACAAUUCAUCGCUUGUAAUAACUCUGAAUCUGACAGUGAUUGACUGUAGUUUUACAUUUUACUUUCAUCUCUUUCUUAAUAAACUCAAAAUCAAAUUAAAA